AUGACCUAUUCCACUCCAUUUAUCAUCGCAUUUCUGUCUCUCAGUUUGUGGUUGUGCACUGAAAUUUGCGCUGGCGAUACAAUUAGCAAUGUUAUGGGCCCGAAAGACUGCGGUGAAUGUGAAUUGUACAGGUGCCUGGAUAAUGCCUCAAGAUGUCUCCUGGGAUCCGUCGCGGACCCCUGCGAGUGCUGUCCGGCUGGUAGAUGCGCUAAACUCGAAGGUGAGAGCUGUUGGAAUGCCAGUAUCAGCAGUCUCGAUCCCAAAAGACGAAAGGACGGCUUUUGCGCUACAAAUUAUCUCUGUCAAUUGAGAAAUGAUCUUCUUGACGAGGACGAGCCAGAGGCGGUUUGCGUGUGCAUGGAGCAGAGCCCGGCGUGUGGAAGUAACAAUGAGACUUAUUCGACACCCUGCGCUCUUCAUGAGGAAGCGAUGCGGCUUAGGAAGGCUUCACUCAAGCUCAAACACCUCGGGCCGUGUCCCAGCCGUCCGUGGAUUUUCUCACCACUGAGGGAUACUGCUGCUCCCUUCGGUCAACGAGUCGCAUUCAAUUGUGAAGCCAAGGGCUUCCCCGUCCCGGAUAUUUCCUGGGAAUUUCGCUCGGCUACUGAUGGCAUUGUUCUCAAAUUACCAAAUGAAGAGCACGGGGGAACAGUGCACACAACCGACGGCCCCGAGAAUCUGAUGAAAACAUCCUGGAUGCAAGUUUCAUCAGUCAUGAGACAACACACUGGAACGUACCAGUGCAUUGCUAACAACACACUGGGACGUGCAAGCUCAGCCGCCUUUCUGUCCGUCAUGAUGUAA